GUACUAAGUGUCCUCCAGUCAUCCUCUCAGCUCCCUCUGUUCAUUAGUAUGCCGCAUUUGAACGGAGACAGACAGGAGAGCACAAGUAACCGGUCAGAAAUGACUUCACAAUUAAUAUGAGGAAUUAUAAACCGACCAUUUGAGAAGAAAGGACUAUUAAACCUCUGGAUUUUUUUCUUCUUCUUCUUCCCGCACUGGAUAUUUUCUUACAAUUAGUCGCCUCGGAGGAAUAUUUCCAUUUAACGUUUGAUUCCAGACAGUAGCGCUCCUUUCUCUCUCUCUCUGUCUCCACCGAGCAUAAACCAUACCUGGCACAGGUCUCAUGUAAUCUGUCGGACGCUAAAAUAGAUUUUUUUUCUCCUUUUUAAAAAAAAAAAUGUAAUCCCUCAUCCUUCCUGUAAGGUAGCCAAGCCCAGUCGUUGGCAUCUGAAACAGCUGGGUCGUCUCGACAAGAUUGAGGAUUAUAUAUUUAUAUAUAUAUUUUUUUUUUGCCCAACCUCGGACGUGCUUUAUCCAAAAUGAGCGUCGUUUUAAUUGAAUCAAACACAUGAGUGGAGCCUAAACAAAUACAUCUGUCUCCCAAAGGAGCGCACUUUCUUUUUUCCUCCCUCCCUCCUCCUUGACUGCUGAAUUUAACGGCGCCAGUUGUCCUGGAAAAAGAAAAAAAAAGAAAUAUGGAAAGCGAGGUUUUCACCCCUUUGCUGGAGCAGUUCAUGCUCACGCCUCUGGUCUGCUGGGUGAAGACAGUCGGGCAGCCGACAGUGACCGAUGGCACCACAUUAUCGGAAUAUAUUGAAUUAGUGGAUGGGAUUUACCUGAAUGAGAUCAUGCUUGAGAUAAAUCCUAAGGCCACUGUGCAGAGAACCAACAAGAAAGUGAACAAUGACCCCACACUGCGCAUCCAGAACCUUUCUAUUCUCAUCAGGCAGAUUAAAGACUACUAUCAGGAGACCCUCCAGCAGCUGGUGAUGAUGCCUUUGCCAAACGUGCUGGUCCUGGGCCGGAACCCUCUGUCUGAGCAAGGUCUGGACGAGAUGAAGAAACUGCUGCUGCUGCUGCUCGGCUGUGCUGUUCAGUGUGAGAAGAAGGAAGAGUACAUUGAGCGUAUCCAGACUCUGGACUUUGACACCAAAGCUGCCAUAGCAUCCCACAUCCAAGAGGUGACUCAUAAUCAGGAGAACGUAGUGGACCUGCAGUGGUUGGAAAGUGGGGAAAUGCCUCCUGAAGACCUGGACAGCCUCUCGAGAAACCUGGCUUUCCACCUCAAACACCUGGUGGAUGAGAGGGACACACAGCUGGAGACCAUAGUGGAGUUAACCCAGGAGAGAGACUGUGUCCAGCUGUCUCCACUGGCUCCCUGUCCGACCCAGUCUCCCGGUGACUCCCCCAGUAUGAGGAGGACCGAAAGUCGGCAGCACCUCUCUGUGGAGUUGGCUGAUGCCAAGGCCAAAAUCAGACGCCUUCGACAGGAACUAGAGGAGAAGAGCGAGCAGCUUUUGGACACCAGGCAAGAGCUCGAGAACAUGGAAGUGGAGCUCAAAAAGCUUCAGCAAGAGAGCUACCAGUUGCUGUCGGACGCUCGGUCGGCUCGGGCGUACCGUGACGAGCUGGACGCACUCAGAGAGAAAGCGAUCCGUGUCGACAAACUGGAGAGCGAGCUGAGCCGAUACAAGGAGAGACUUCACGACAUUGAGUUUUAUAAGGCCAGGGUCGAGGAGCUGAAAGAGGACAACCAGGUCCUGUUGGAGACUAAAGCCAUGCUGGGGGAGCAGCUGGAUGCUAGCCGGACCCGGUCUGACAAACUGCACCUCCUGGAGAAAGAGAAUCUGCAGCUCAAAUCCAAGAUCCAUGACCUGGAGAUGGAGCGGGACAUGGACCGUAAGCGCAUGGAGGAGCUGUUGGAGGAGAACCUUGUGCUUGAGAUGGCCCAGAAACAGAGCAUGGACGAGUCCCUGCACCUAGGUUGGGAGUUGGAGCAACUAUCCAAGACACCAGAACUGGCAGAAGCCCCUCAGAAGUCUCUGGGCGAGGAGGUGAACGAGCUGACUUCAAGCCGCCUGUUGAAGCUGGAGAAAGACAACCAGACCCUGCUGAAGACCGUGGAGGAGCUCAGAGGAGCAGCCAGUCAGGACACUGUGUCAAAACUGGUCAAAGUCAACCAGGAAAACCAGAAACUGAACCAGAAACUGGAGCAGCUGGAGAGUGAACUGAUGGCAGACAGAGAGUCCCUCCGCAGCGCCGAGUCGCUCAGUACUGACCUGAUGAAGGAGAAGGCUUUACUGGAGAAAACUCUUGAAACGCUCAGAGAAAACUCUGAGAGACAGCUGAAGGGUCUGGAGCAGGAGAACAAGCACCUGGGUCAGACGGUGUCAUCUCUGCGUCAGCGCUGUCAGGUCGGCGCUGAGGCCCGGGUCAAGGAUGUGGAGAAGGAGAAUCGCAUCCUGCACGAGUCCAUCUGCGAGACAACCGCCAAACUCAAUAAGAUGGAGUUUGAAAGGAAACAACUACGUAAAGAGCUUGAAGUGAUGAAGGAGAAAGGUGAGAGAGCAGAGGAGUUGGAGAUUCGGAUGCAGAAGCUGGAAAGGGACAACGAGAGCCUGCAGAAAAAAGUUGCCAGUCUUGGAAUCACCUGUGAAAAGGUGUUGUCUUUGGAGAAGGAGAACACUGAGCUGGAGGCAGAGGGCCGCUGUCUGAAGAAGAAGCUGGAUGCGCUGAAGAACAUGGCCUUCCAGCUGGAGGCUCUGGAAAAGGAGAACUCCCAGCUGGAGGACGAGAACCUGCAGCUUCGACGCUCUGCCGAGAGUCUCCGUUCGGCGGGAGCUAAGGCAGCUCAGCUGGAAGCGGAGAACAGAGAGCUGGAGAGCGAGAGGAGUCAGAUGAAGCGUACCCUGGAACUGCUCAAAGCCUCGUCCAAGAAGACGGAGAGAUUAGAGGUGAGUUACCAGGGCCUAGAUACAGAGAACCAGCGGCUGCAGAAGGCUUUAGAGAACAGCAGCAAGAAGAUCCAGCAGCUGGAAGCAGAGCUGCAAGAGGUGGAGACUGAAAAUCAAACCCUGCAACGCAACCUGGAGGAGCUCAAGAUCUCCAGCAAACGCCUGGAGCAGCUGGAGCAAGAGAACAAGACUCUGGAGCAGGAAAGCUGCCAACUAGAGAAAGACAAGAAGCUUCUGGAGAAGGAGAACAAGCGUCUGAGGCAGCAGGCUGAGAUCCGCGACUCCAAACUGGACGACAACAACCAGCGGAUCUCCAGCCUGGAGAAAGAGAACCGGACCAUGGGCAAGGAGAUGAUCUUCUUCAGGGACUCCUGCACGAGAGUCAAAGACCUGGAGAGAGAGAACAAGGAGCUGGUCAAACUGGGCACCAUUGAUAAGAAGACCCUCAUCACACUCAGAGAGGAGCUGGUCAGCGAGAAGCUGCGGACUCAGCAGAUGAACAAUGAUCUGGAGAAACUGACCCAUGAACUGGAGAAGAUCGGACUGAACAAAGAGAGGCUGCUGCACGACGAGGGCUCAGACGACAGGUUUAAGCUCCUGGAAACCAAACUGGAGUCGACUCUGAAAUCCUCUUUGGAGAUUAAAGAGGAGAAGAUCGCCGCCCUGGAGGCCAGACUGCAAGAGUCCUCGAACCUCAACCAGCAACUUCGGCAGGAGCUCAAGACGGUCAAGAAAAACUACGAGGCGCUGCGACAGAGGGAGGAAGAAGAGAAGAUGGUGCAGAGCUCUCCACCUAGAGGAGGGGAGGACCCUCAGGCUGUCAGUAAAUGGGAGAAAGAGAGUCACGAAGCCACCAGGGAACUGCUGAAAGUCAAAGACAGACUCAUUGAGGUGGAGAGGAAUAAUGCCACGCUGCAGGCUGAGAAGGCGGCGCUGAGGAGCCAGCUGAAACAACUGGAAACUCAAAGCUCCAACCUGCAGGCUCAGAUAGUCGCUGUGCAGAGACAGACGGCUUCUUUACAGGAGAACAACACGACACUACAGACGCAGAACGCCAAGCUGCAGGUGGAGAACUCCACCCUGAGCUCGCAGAGCGCGGCCCUCAUGGCUCAGAACGCCCAGCUGCAGAGCCAGCAGAGCAGCGUGGAGGGUGAGCGCGAGGGAGCCCUGAAGGACAAAGAGGAGCUGAGGUCCACGUACGAGCUGCUCCUCCGUGACCACGAGAAGCUGGCGGCACUCCACGAGAGGCAGGCGGCCGAGUACGAAACCCUCAUCGGAAAGCACGGAGGCCUGAAGAGCUCCCACAAGAGUCUGGAGCAGCAGCACAGGGACCUGGAGGACAAAUACAAGCAGCUCCUGCAGAGGAAGGGGGAGCUGGAGGAGCUGGAGAAAAACCUGAAGGAGCAGCAGGAAAAAAUGUCGCUGGAGAACCAAACGCACCAAGCCACGGCCGACCAAUACAAAGUGCUCAAAGAGGAAAAUGACAGACUGAACAGUACCUAUCGUCAGCUGGUGAAGGACAACGAGAAUCUCCAGCUGGACCACAAGAACAUCAAGAGCCAGCUGAACAGCGCCAAGCUGGACCAGACGAAGCUGGAGGCCGAGUUCUCUAAACUGAAGGAGCAGUACCAGCAGCUGGACAUCACCUCCACCAAGCUCACCAACCAGUGCGAGCUGUUGAGCCAGCUGAAAGGAAAUCUGGAGGAGGAGAACCGUCACCUGUUGGAUCAGAUCCAGACUCUGAUGUUACAGAACCGCACAUUGCUGGAGCAGACCAUGGAGAGCAAGGACCUGUUCCACGUAGAGCAAAGACAAUACAUAGACAAGCUGAAUGAGCUGAGGAGACAGAAAGAGAAGCUGGAGGAGAAGAUCAUGGACCAGUACAAGUUCUACGACCCCUCACCUCCACGCAGGCGUGGCAACUGGAUCGCUUUGAAGAUGAGGAAGCUGAUUAAGCCGAAGAGCCGAGAGAGGAUGCGCUCUCUCACGCUGACUCCCUCUCGAUCAGAGUACGGCGACGGAUUCCUGACUUUUCCCCAGGACAACCAGGACAGCUCGUCCAUAGGCUCUGGCUCCAACUCGCUGGACGACACACAAAAGAGGAGCAGCAGGAGGAGAGGGCAGCAGUCCUCCCAUGCCCAAGGGCAGGGUUCAACCAAUGCUAUAAAAAGGUUGCCUUUCAUGAGGAACAGAUCCAAGGACAAAGACAAGGCCAAGGCCAUCUACCGGCGCUCCAUGUCUAUGAACGACCUGCUCCAGACCAUGGCGGUAGCCGGCGGCCCCGGGGCUCAGUGGGCGAGCAGCAUCGACAACCUAGACGGCGCCGAGGCCGGAGAUGCCGGCAUGACGGGCAGCAGCAGCAGCAGCAGCAGGCGCAGCGGGCAGCGCAUGAAGGAGCUCGCCCUUUCCACCAACGCCAUCGACUGCGCCGCCCUCACCCUGCCGACCGCAGGGCAUCGCAGGGCCAAGCUCCGGCUUCAGGUCAAAGCUAAUGCCUCCUGUGAGGAUGUUGCCGGCUCCUUAGAUGACCCUAAGAGUCAAGCCUCCAGACCCUCCAGUCUCCAUAGCAACAGGACCACCAGUAGUAAUAGUAACAAUAACUCCCACCUCACUUCUCCUCUGGAGGGCAAAGGCGUGUUGAACGGCAGCCUCAGCAGGCCUCACAGCGAGAGCAGCGGAGAGUUCAGCCUGAGUUUGGACCAAGAGGUGUGGUCCAGCAGCGGCAGCAGCCCCGUCCAGCAGCCCACCUCAUCGCGCUCCUCCCACCAGAGCCCCCUGCAGCUGCGCAGGUCCCUGGACCCGUCCACCAUCGCAGGAAGCCCCAGCCAGACCCAGAUCAGGAGCAGCGAGGUACUUUCCCUGCAGCAGUUCCUGGAUGAGGGCAUUGACCCUGCAGAGUCCGGCAGUCAGGAGAACCUCACUGUAGACUCCCCUCGCCUCUCCACUUCUUCUGAGCAUGUGGUGAAGGAACGCACUUCCACAAAGAGUCGGGGUAUACUGCGCUCCUCCAGUGGGAAAGCGGCACCGGUCAGCUCCGAUCGCCCUCCAAGAUCUGGACAACCGGGACGCCCGACCCUGCGUAAAGCGGAGAGCACCCGCGUGAAAGGCUCCGUCCCGAUACGCUCCAGCUUAUCCUCGCAGGGCAAAGCCACGUCGGUGUCCGAGCGCUUGGAUUCUGCUUCCUCCACGCUGCCCCGGGCCAGCAGCGUCAUCUCCACCGCUGAGGGCACCACGCGGCGCACCAGCAUCCACGACCUGCUCUCUAAGGACAUCCGGCAACCCGUGUCCGUCGAUGCUGCUCCCCCCGUCGCUUCCACCAAGGCUGGGGUACGCUCCCAGCCUACACCCAGUGAGUACCACCCCAACAGCACCAACCUAAAGGGACCCCUUACCACCACCACCACCACCCCCCUGCUCAAGUCACUCAGCUUACCCUGCCAUAGCUUGGAGGAUCCCGACCUCUCCACCCUCGAGUCUUUCCUCGGCCCUUCCUUCACUGUAGAGUCCGUGUUCAUGGACUCCAUCUUUAGUGAGUCAGCGGGCAAAAACCUCCCCUUCCUGUCUCUAAACCCCACCCUAGUCAGCAACAUCAGUGGGCCUCCUGUUACAAAUAAAACACACCCACCUCCAGUCCCGAACCACAUUCCCACGCAAAACCAGACCCCUCACAGCCAGUCAAACGGCCAGGCGAGAUCCAGCCCGGCCAGUCUUACAGAGUUUAACGACGGGGUUGAUGCCAAUCGUGUAAAUAAUUCGGACCAGUCACUGAACCCAGAGGACAACCAGUCUCUGUGGUAUGAGUACGGGUGUGUGUGAAUGACAGGGAGGUUCUGGCUUGCUGAUCUUUCUUCCAGACUUAAAGAGGGGACGAUGACAGGAUGGAUAAAAUGACAAACCCUCCUCCUCUGCAUGUAUUUAUUAGAGCACUAUCUCUCCCUGUGUGGUGUAUUUGUUUCGUUCUUUUCUGUUUGCCAUGGUGCCGAUUGGUGAAUUUAGUUUUUUUCUUUAUUUUUCUGCCUUGUUCUUUUUCUCUGAGGUGGGACUUUUUGAUGAAUGUUCUCCCGUCCAACAAUCUUUUAUCAUAUUAUUGUUUCCUCAUCCAAUCUCUGGUGCUAACGUUAUACUAUUAUCUGCAGUCUGGGGUUCACGUAUCACAGUUCUCAAGGCUUUGUAUUUCUGCCUGUAGCUUAAAUCUUUAAAAAUAAUUCUUGUGGGACUGAUCCACGUGAGAAAUGUUCACCGUGUCAGAUAAUAGAUUCACUUUUCACUUUCUGUUUAUGAUGUUUGGAUGUGUUUUUUUUGGGGGGAGCGUCCUUUUCACUGCUUUAAACUCAGUUGCAUCAUCCACUAAAUUGCACGGCUUUGGUCUGUGGCGCUCAUUUUGAUCGCUGUGAUCAAAAUGGUCUUCAUGUUUAUCUUUUUUUUUUUUUUUUUUUUUAAUGGUGUUUGUUUUUGUACAUUUGUAUUUUCUUUCAUAUGUGUAUUAACGGGGGGCAUUUGCUCAAAUGUGUCUUAACUUUUGACGUCUUGGGCUGGUGACAAAAUGAUGAAGCUUCAUUCAGAAAAUAAUCUGGGGGGAAGGAAAGUACAGGUGGUUAGGGGAAAGUUGAAGUGAAGGUAGAGUAGGAGUGAUUGUGAUGUUUUAGUCGUAGGCAGUGCUUGGUGGAGUUAUCGGAACAGGUGGAUCGUAAGUCGAGUUUUCAGCGGUCGGAUCGUUUUGUGAAUGAAGUUAACAUCAUUUCUUUUGGUAUCUGGAAACUAAUAUAUACUCAUCCUGACGCACCACGACUUGAGAAUGGAUAAUAUUUGAUGAUGCAUUUUAGACUGACAAAGAUCUUGUACAGAUUGUUGUAAUCAUUAAGUUAUAAUCAAAGACGAGCACUGCUUCAUGUGCCGAUACUUAGCAGUACUGUCAGCCUCUAGAUCCUUUAUUUAUUUCUGCUUUUGUACUCCGUACUUGCUGUUUUGAACUUAUCGUAUUUAUCCUAAUCUACAAGUAUAUGCAGGUGUAACAUGAAAAUGCUCUUGUCUACAGAUGUAACAUAAACAUUGCCUUUGUCCUACAGAUGUGGAGGGCAGAAAGUCUAAAAGCAGGAGUGGGGAGCCGCAGCAAAGCUGCUAAACCCCCACCCUCCACCACCCUCGUCUGUCUGCUACCAUGCUGUGAGCGCGUGGUGAGUGAGUGCUGCUCGAGCGGGAGGAAAUAAGGGGAGGGGAGGGGGGUUUGGUCUUGUCUCCAUGGGAACCUAAAACAUGGUGUAUAACAGAUGUCGUCCAUCCUGCCGUGCACUUGCUUCCCCUUGCUGCCCUUAAGCCCCCCCCCAAACCUCCCUCUCCCCUCCCCGGCUCCUCGCUGUCCUGUGUGUCGCCCCGACCCGUCCCUGUGGUGCCAAACGCCUGUUCGCGAAGCCUGACGGGACCCCGGUCUGCAUGGCAUAUGGGCCGUUUUUUGACCACGUUGCUCGGAGUGGAUGAACGCUUUGCCCCCAACAAAGCAAAGAGGAGUUCCACGACUCCUGCACCUCACCGUAUCCCUCCUCCCGUGAUGCUUCUUGUGUUGUCGGUGAAGAGUGUUUCCUGCUGGUGGAGAAAAAAAAAAGAAAUAGGCCCUUUUGCUGUUUUCAGGCUGCUUGUUGUCGCUGCAUGGCUUCGGUGUAGCGCUGAAAUCCUUCUCCUUUCUUGUUCCCUUGACAAUGCAUGUAGAUCCAGGCUGGCUGCUUCCGUCUGUCUCCCCUUUUUAUAUAUAUAUAUAUAUAUUUAAUCUAUAUAUCACUGUCUGCUGGUACAGUUUCUGACUCUGUGUUCUCUUUCUCUCUCUCGUUUCUUUACUUUCUAAUUCGUCUCCCUUUCCUUUCUGUUCUUAACUCUUUCCACUCCUUCUUGCUUGCCUGGGACUCAGAGAGAAAGGUGGCCUUGGAGCUGUGUGUCUGAAGCCUAGUAGAGUUAAUCUGCUGAGACCGUCUACAGUGAGAAAAGAUUGUAUAUCCUAGUUUUCUUCUGCUACUUCCCUUUUUUUUGUUUUGUUUAAACCCAGGACACUUCAGUAGAGAAAAGUGGUUUCCUUCUCUGUUUUGUUUUUCUUCCUUGAAUCAAGGAAACAGAAAUUUUUUUGAAAAUGUUGCGGUGACAGUUUUUUUUUUCUUUUUUUUUUCUAUAAAGACUAAAGCUGUGGCAGAUUACACUGCCAUGUGUCCUUCAGUGUGACGGACUGCUUGAUGUGCACUAGUCUCUACGGAUUUAAGAUUAAAGUGCCAAUGUGCACACAACAGCCAAAAGGGGCGAUCUUAAAACCAGAAUGAUGACUCUGAUGAUUUUGGAUCUUUGAAGUCAGCCGGAUCAUCUUCUGCCCAACAACACCAUGAUCAUAAAAAAAAUAAAAACAGUCUUUUUGUAAGUGGGCAGCAUGCACAAAGGAAAGACGACAUUCAGGCUUGGUCAAACCAUUUUCAAAGCAUGUCAGCACCAAACAUUUCCAACCUGAAGAAUCACAAUCUGCAUGGAGCAAUCAAUCAGCCAAUCACCCCACUUCCUUUUAUCCAAUCAAAGAAGGAGGACUGUGUUCAGUGGGGAUUUUUACUUGGCCAGGAUGCCAAAUGGACUUGGACAGGAAGCCAUGACAGCUGCGUGAUUGGCGUCUGUUGGCUGCCAAUCACAAGUAAAGGUUGUGUGAUCUGAGCGCGUGCGAGAGAAAGAGACUAAUCAUGGGAGUGUUCCAGGUCACCUAUAUGACAGUUGACAGCCAUGGCACCCUGAAACAAACCCCAGACACCGUUCAUCUUAAAUCAUAUGUCACCGUUGAUGUCAUUUAUCGCUUCUCACCCUGCUCUGAAAUGUAAACCGUAAAAAGCACACGCACAGUUCAUGAACAUGCCAUCACUCAGUAAGGAAACUGGUGACAACUCUGACUUGAGUAUAGGUGACCUGCAAUCUGCCCAGUGCAUACAUGAACAUGUGCAGAUUUCUGUUGCUGUGUUGAACAUGAUGGUGAUGAUGAGACCCAGUGUUUUUCCUCCUUUUCCACUUUUACAUAAAUCCAUUUGAUGUAAUUAAAAAUCAUCAAGACUACAGUGCGCUCUGUUUGCUUUGUGUUUUUUUGUCUGGACCUGCAGAGCCGUGUUAAUUUUAGGCACAAGUUCCUCUUGUUAAAAUAGAAGUUGGUUGAGGAAGCUGCAUAUCC